CCGGCCGCACCGUCAUCAUGAUCCUGGCCUACACCGUCAUCAUCUGCGUGUCCCUCUUCGGCAACCUCCUCGUCUGCCACGUCGUCGUGCGCAACCGCCGUCUGCACACGCUCACGAACACCUUCCUCGCCAACCUCGCCGUGUCCGACCUCCUCAUGACGGCGCUCAACAUACCCUUCAAUGUGGCGAGAGUGCUGCUGGACGACUGGCCCUUCGGAGGGUUCAUGUGCAGCGUCGUGCCCUUCGUCCAGGCCACGUCCGUCUACGUCUCCGCCUUCACUAUGGUCGCCAUCGCCCUGGAUAGAUACCAGGUGAUAGUCCACCCACUAAAGCCUCGUCUGGGCGCUUUUCACGGCGCCGUCAUCCUCGUGGUGGUAUGGCUGCUGGCCGCCCUCGUCUCCCUCCCAUACGCCAUCUAUAGUGAGGUCGUUGAGGUGGUCACAUACCGGAAGCUGACGCGGUGUCAGGCGCGCUACCCGCACCCAGCUCUCGAGUUUCGCCAGUGGCUGACGCUGGCCACCUUCCUCACGCAGUAUGCGCUGCCCUUGAGCAUCACAGCCGUGGCUUACGUGGGCGUGACGAGGCGGGUGUGGUGGCGGGCGGUCGUGGGCGCCGCCACCAAGGAGCAGCUGUCCGUCCAGCUACGAGCCAAGAAGAAAACGGUCAAGAUGUUGCUCGUCGUGGUCGUGUUGUUCGCCCUGUGCUGGCUGCCGCUCAACACCUACCACCUCGUGGCAGACUUCGGGGGCUCGCUCGGCCCCUUUCGCCACUCCUCGUCGGUUUUCUUCCUGUGCCAUUGGUUCGCCAUGUCCAAUGUGUGUUAUAACCCGUUUAUCUAUUGCUGGCUUAACGAUCACUUCCGCUCCGGAGCGCGAACGCUCUUGCGGUGCGUCGCUCGGAGAGUGUGCCGACUCCCACUCUCCGAGGACGACGAGGAGGCUCCCGGCGUCAGUGCUCGACGCCCGAGGGAUUCCGUGUCCUGGUCUUCGUCGGCGCUCACAGGAGGCUCGGUCAGGCGCAAGGUUCCCGGCGCAGUGAGGUGUCUUCCUCCCCAGUCCUCGGACGUCCACGUCGCUCUCGACGCGCUUCUCGUGUCCCCAGCGACGCCCCACUCCGUCUCCGGUGGAGGGCUGCGUCGCGCUCAGAGGACCACCAACACUCGAGGGGUCGCGAGACAGAAUUUUUUGAGGCCAAAUACGCCGACGGUUACCAUGUCCUCUGCAGGGAGGCCGGGCAUUCUAGGCCCGAUGGUCAGCUGCACCCACGGAGGCCUCGCCGCGGGAGGAGGCGCGUCCAUGCCCCGCGUCGAGGUGGACACGGUCCCGCGGCUCUUCAGCUUCAAAUGCCCGAGCUUCCCGAAGCCUUUCCGUAAAGUCAAAACCAUUGACGCCAUCGACGGUGUGGCAAAUGAACGCGAACUAAUACCAGGAAGGAGGAGGAGAAAAAUCCAAAACAACAACGAAACGAACGUGGAAAGAGGCUCCCACGAAGGCGGAGCCGACGAAGUCGACAUCGUCUACGUGGAGUAUGAUCGUCUGGCGCAGAAUCCGAGACUCCGUCCGAUCCCCGAGGAAUCGCCCAAGUCGGCCUCUCCGCAGUCGCUUGGGAGACACUUCAGGUCCCUGUCUGACCCGGAGAGAAAGUCUCCUCCAGCUCGGUAUUCGAACGAUCGCUCCCUUUUCCUCCAAAGUGCUUCCAAUCAUUCAGACUCAAGCGUCCAGACGCUCCAUGCAGAUGUGCCAACGGCUGGCGAAGGUGCAGAAACGCCGGACGAAAAGGAGCCAAGGAGUCCAUCCGCCUCUGCAACGUCAAACCGCUCAACCAAAGAAAAGACGAAAACAACGAGCUUCACGAGAAACUUCCUUAGGAGCAUCCGCGACAGCAUCGCCGCGUCCUUGGCUCGCAGCCUGCCCUUCCUGCGCACGAGCCAGACGUCCUCCUCCGUCCAGACCACGGAGACGAGCCAGGACGCCAGCGAUCUUCCGUCCGUUCCGAAUGUGUGCUGGGCGGAGGACGAGGCCACGUCCCUGAGGCCAUUCAGCCCUAGUUCCUCGACCGACCUUAGUCUCCCGACGGAACAGAAAGAUGACUUCACUCUUCCUAACGCUAUUCUUGGCGACGAAAACGCUUCCAGAAUGCCAGCCAAACUACCUGUGCAGGGCGCAGAGGUCCUUCUCCCCCUCGACGACGAGUCAGUCGCAGCGGAUUCAUCGAUGCCCAUUCGCAGGCCGCUUUUGAAUUCGCGGGACCUGCUCGCCAUAAGCGCAGCUGAGGACGGCGCUUUUUCAAAUUCCUCAAAACAAAGCGCAAAUCUUAACUGGUCUGUGAGCCCAAGAUCACUGCAUGCUCACAGAACAGACAAUUACGAUGCCUUCGAAUACGAUUCACCUGACCACAGUAGCACACAAAUUAAAGAAAUAAAUUUCCAGGGGAGUCUUGACUCCAUUUCGUCUCUACAGGAGAGACCGAAUCAUCCUGAGGUUCCCUCUGCCGGUGAACCAAGGAUGUGCCCCGCAACCCACCGUCGGCCUCCUUUCAGCACGUCGUCCAGCCCAGAGCUGCUGCUGACCCGGCGGCCGCCUGCGCCCCCCUGCCCGCCGCGACUGCCUGGCGACCCCGCAGCGCCCUGGAACUCGGCGUCUCCCAGCUGUGCGCCGAGAAGAAGCCCCGAUGAGGCGUCGCCGUCCUGAAGGAGCGGGAGUGAGGAGUCGUUUCUGUUCGCUGGAUCGAGAAGCCAAGUGAUACUGCUCGAUCCUCUUUAACCAGAGCCGGAAUUACGGCCAGUGUUGUUUAGUAGUCAUUUUUGAACAGGAUUUUUCAAGCUUACUGUCCGCUUUAGGCUAGAAAAUUUCACGCAAUGUCGCGAUUAGAUAUUCGCGGAGGAUUGCUAUUUCUUUUAUGCAUAAUUGCAUUAUGGCAAGCUCAUGCAACAGAGCGGUUGUGCAAUGAUGGUGUUGUCAUUUAUACAUGAAAACUGACUUAGAAUUAAGUUCUAACACAUAGUUCCUAAUAAACUGUAAAUAUCCGUGCAGUAGCAUGUAUCAAUUAGAUUUACAUUUAGAUACACACGUUUGCUUGGACAUUAUGAUGUGACCUUGUGUCAGGAUGUUAUUUUUCUGUGAAGCUGCGUUGCGCACAAUAAACCAGUGAUGUAUUUUUACAGUCAAGCAGUUUGUUGACUUGUGAGGCUAUUUGCUACACUGUACUUCCAUGUGAUUGUUCCUAUUUGUACUCUAAGUGGAAAUAUGCAUAUUACACUGUAAGCAUAAA